AUGUUCAGGCUGGGAAGCAUUGCUGCCAGGCUUCGCUGCCGGCCUUCUUUCUCUUGUGUCCUCCAGCAAGGGUCACAGCAAACCCAGCUGCAGAAGAGCGCCGGCUUCUCCUCGGCGGCUUCACUACAUCAGAAUCAGAAGGCAGCCAGCGAGAGCGAGAGCGUAUGGGGUUUAAAGAAGAACAACCCCGAUUACUGGGAAGGGUACCUGUCCACACGUCCAUCGUAUGGCGAUGAAUUUUACAACCGCAUAUACAAAUACCAUGCCUCGCACGCCGGGUCAUCGCCAGCCUCGUUCUCAGUCGCACAUGACGUCGGCGCCGGACCAGGCCAGGUAUCAGCCCAGCUCGCCCGCAGAUACUCCCAUGUUGUCGUGAGCGACGUCUGCGAGAACCACCUCGAGUAUGCCCGCCACUAUCUCUCUGCGGACGCCGGCCUGCCGCCGUCGCAGUUCACAUACUCCGUCUCAACAGGCGAAGAACUGGGUGCCAAAUUCCCGCGUGCGUCCGCAGACCUCAUCGUCUGCCCCCUGAUGUUCCCGUUGAUGGACCGAGACGCUGCCCUGGAGAGCUUCCAAUCCCUUCUCAAGCCCAACGGGACGCUCGCUGUCUGGUUCUACAGCCGAGCUCACUUCUCAGAGCCAGAGUAUGCGCAAACAUGCCAGCCCCUGCUAGACCGGAUCAUCAACAACCAUUACGCCCGGGAGAUCCAGGGCAACGGGCCAGAACACUCGGCCAAAUGGAAGCCUGUAGCAGACUCGAUAGCAAGCUGGCUGGACGACAUCCCCUUUGUAGACGGCCAAUGGCACUCCGUCGAACGGUGGAAGUGGAAUAGCAGCUGGACGAACAUGGGAUUCUUUACACAGGAUGCAUGCGACUUCAAGCUGGAGCCGACGAGCAGUGUAGGGGAGAAGGACAAGGUCAUUAAAAUCGAGGACAGGGGUCUCUGGCGGAAGGAUUGGGACGCCGGCCAGCUUCGCAAGUUCGUGCGCCAUCUCUGCCCCUUCAGAGACCUGGAUGAGAAGCCGACGGAGCAGACAUGGACGGAGCUGACCAAGGCGAUGGGCGGCGCCCAAGCCAAAAGAGCCUUUUCGUGGCCACUGGUGCUUAUUCUCGCAUCCAGAAAGUGA